GCACUGAGCCAAAGUGUUAUGAAACAAAGUAGCGCAGCAGCGGCUCGAGGUGCAGACGGUCAGAGGGACCCAGCGCGCAAACACAAAUACCCCGGCACAGCUCCCCGCUCUGCCCGAAGACAUGCUCCCGUCCCUGGGCCUCACAUAGAUGUCACCUCCGGGGAGCCAGCACAAGAAUAAAAUGGCCCUAAAUUCCAUCCACUGGUUCCGGAAGGGCCUCCGUCUCCAUGACAACCCAGCUCUGCGGGAGGCGGUCCAGGGGGCGGCCACAGUGCGCUGCGUUUACUUCCUGGACCCGUGGUUCGCGGGCUCCUCCAACGUCGGGGUCAACAGGUGGAGGUUUCUUCUCCAAUGUUUGGAGGAUCUGGACGCCAGCCUUCGCAAGCUCAACUCUCGCCUUUUCGUCAUCAGGGGCCAACCAGCCAACGUGUUCCCGCGGCUCUUUAAGGAGUGGAAGAUCUCCCGGCUGACCUUUGAAUACGACUCGGAGCCUUUUGGGAAGGAGAGAGAUGCCGCCAUCAAGAAGCUGGCCAUGGAGGCGGGCGUGGAGGUCAUCGUCAAAAUAUCGCACACCCUGUAUGACCUUGACAAGAUUAUCGAGCUGAAUGGCGGGCAGCCUCCGCUCACCUACAAGCGUUUCCAGACUCUGAUCAGCCGGCUGGAUCCUCCAGAGAUGCCCGUGGAGAUGCUGACGGACACGCUGAUGGGGCGCUGCGUCACGCCCGUCUCUGAGGACCACGGGGACAAGUACGGCGUCCCCUCGCUGGAGGAGCUGGGCUUUGACACGGAGGGGCUGCCGUCAGCCGUGUGGCCGGGAGGAGAGACAGAGGCUCUGACCAGGAUAGAGCGCCACCUGGAGAGAAAGGCGUGGGUGGCGAAUUUCGAGCGUCCGAGGAUGAACGCCAACUCGCUGCUGGCCAGCCCAACAGGCCUCAGCCCAUACCUGCGCUUCGGCUGCCUCUCCUGCCGCCUCUUCUACUUCAAGCUCACCGACCUGUACCGCAAGGUGAAGAAGAACAGCUCUCCUCCACUCUCGCUCUACGGACAGCUACUGUGGCGCGAGUUCUUCUACACCGCCGCCACCAACAACCCACGCUUCGACAAGAUGGAGGGAAACCCCAUCUGCGUCCGCAUUCCCUGGGACAAAAAUCCUGAGGCGCUCGCCAAGUGGGCUGAGGCGAAGACGGGCUUUCCCUGGAUCGACGCCAUCAUGACUCAGCUGAGGCAGGAGGGAUGGAUUCAUCACUUGGCCCGACAUGCCGUGGCCUGCUUCCUCACCAGAGGAGACCUGUGGAUCAGCUGGGAGGAAGGAAUGAAGGUGUUUGAGGAGCUGCUGCUGGAUGCAGACUGGAGCGUGAACGCGGGCAGCUGGAUGUGGCUGUCCUGCAGUUCAUUCUUCCAGCAAUUCUUCCACUGCUACUGCCCCGUGGGCUUCGGCCGGCGCACCGACCCCAACGGGGACUUCAUCAGACGAUACUUACCUGUCCUCCGAGGUUUUCCUGCUAAGUUCAUCUACGACCCGUGGAACGCUCCAGAGUCCGUGCAGGCAGCGGCCAAGUGCAUCAUCGGAGUCCAUUACCCGAAGCCCAUGGUGCACCACGCAGAGGCGAGCCGGCUCAACAUCGAGAGGAUGAAGCAGAUCUACCAGCAGCUGAGCCGAUACAGAGGACUGGGUCUGCUGGCGUCAGUGCCGUCCACCAACGGGAACGUGAACGGAGGAAUGAUGGCCUAUUCUCCUGGAGAGCAGCAGCCAGGGACCAACGCGCCCGGAGUGUCAGGGAGCCCCGUUCCAACAGGAAAUGGCAGCGGAAGCAUCCUGCUCAACUUUGACAGCGAAGAACAGACCGGCCCCAGCGGCGUUGGACAGCAGCAUCAGCGCCUGCAGCAGCAUGGAUACCACACAGUGCCAGACGCCAGCCAGAACACCAGCAGCCGACUCUACCACGAGUUUGCUGUGCCUCAACACCCAGGACUCCUUCUGCUCCCCCGGGGCGGCAUCACAGGGAAACGGGAGCGCGAGUCGGAGCGCGAGGGGUCGGGGGAAGAAGAGCCGGCGUCCUGCUCCAUGCACAAGAUGCAGCGGCAGAGCGCAGAGGCUACCUAGAGCAGGUGGAGAAGAGACCGUCCGGAGUCCAUCGAGGCGGCAGAGAGAGGAAAGCCCGACACCACCGCCUGUCCUCCAAUCACAGCAGCUCCAGACAGGCACCUCCUCCUCUUCCUACUUUUCCUCACACACAGAAAAUCCCAGAUAACACACACAGAGGUGAAAAUGUGUCGGUUGGCUCGAGUCGGUUGACCUCUGACCUCAGAGGAAUGUGCAAAGAAACAAAUGACCUCAAACUUUAUUUCUAAUAAAAUAAAUAAACCAAUAAAAACUAUAUUGUCUUAAACGGCUGCCACCAGCACCAACCGCCGCGCAGCUGCCAGGCUAUGACGCGCAGCCUUUGUCCCAGGCUUCGGAGAGUCUACUCAAACAAACAGGUUUAAACAGGGAAAUGCAGCUAAAGCUCCGCCCAUGAGCCACGCCUUGAGCAAAGAGGUCAUCCGGAGGAGCGCAGCUGUAACACGAGUGACCCGAAGCACCAAACGCAGCCUGCCAACUUCACUUCCUGUCUGUGUAAAUAAAGUUGUUUUUUUUUAAUACUGGAGGUGCAGCGGGUUAAUAAACACGAAAACCUCCUACAUAAGGGCACUGGUUGUGAUUCCCCCUUUCACCACCUGGGGUAGCAUUUCACCAGCGCAUCUUCAUGCUGUAAAUGAGCGCUCGCCGCUUCAUACAUUUGCACGCACGCCACGCUGGGGCUUUGGAUGUGGAGUUUCUUCACAUCCUGGUGAUGCUCCAGUUAACUUUGAGCAUUUUUAAAGCAGUUUAUAAAAACAGGAUGUUACAAGAACUACCUUUAUCUCCGAUGCUGGCUUCGUGGGAACGCCUUUGACUGCCUGGUUUGUGCUCGCUCGACUUGUAUCGGCAGCUAACAUCGAAUCCAAGUGAAAUUUUUGGACGUAUAAAAGUCACGAGUGUCAGAGGUUUUUACAUAUUUAUAGCUGAUUAACAAGCCGUCGAGCCCGUUCCCGUUCGUGGUCUUUGAGUCGUGUUUACAGUGACGCUCUUAGAUUAGAGCCUUCGUGCCGUGGUGUCGUUUAGCCCUCUGUGUGACGCCGUUGUGCACGAGGAGGCGAAGUGUGGCUGAAAACUCAGGUCCUGAUCUGAGACUUGUUCUGUUUUUGUCGUUGGACCAUCGUCCUCGCAGCUUUUGCCACAUUUUUACUGAGGUCGCUGCGCUGUAGCACUUGUUUGGUCUGACUUGGCCAGUCACAUUUUCACCUCUCUGUUCCCCUCACACACACCUCCACACAUCGUCUCUGAGGUUUCCUUCUGCAGAUGUGGUGGUUGAGCUAAUGGCUGCGUUCAGUCUCCUCUCCAAGGCGUCACAUUUUUCUAAGAUUUCUUAUAAAAACCAAAAACUUGCUAAACAAAAAUGAAGGAAAAAAGACUAAAAACUAAGUUGACCCAAACGAGCCUCAUUCUGUCACAGACAACAUUCCUCACACGGUUUCCUGCAGCGCUGCACGGGGGGACAGUGAAGCAUGCACGGCUGCUCGGGAUCAUUAAAACCGUCAAUCUGCCCACCGUCUGCUUCAUGGCCGACAAACGAAGGGUCACUGGCGGCGGGGGCGGGGGGGAUCCUCCACCAGCACCGCCACUCCCGCUCAGAGAAUGUACGAUUCUCCUGUAAAAUCCACCCAGCACCAUCUGUGGCUGAUGUUAGCACCACCAGCUACACAAACGGACACAUGCACAUACACAAAGAUACACACACCCGUAAUUACAGCGCAGUUUCAGUAUAGUUACCCUGUUUUCUUUUGAGUUUACAGUGUGAUUACCCGAGUAUUUCUCAUGUCAUUACAGAGUAAAUAUAUACAGUAAAUAUGCUUUUUUUCCCACAGGAAAUGUAGUAAUUAUACAGAGGAAAUACUUGUAAAUAUCUGGUAAUUUCAGAGUGAUUUCACUGUAUUUACGUACAGUUACAUGAGUAAGGACCAGGCUUCAUGUGAGUUUGAAUCCGGGCUAAUUUACCUGUAUUUAAACUAUAAUCACACCCACAACUGUAAACUCAGAUAACUCACUUACUGUUGUUUCACAUUAAAAGUCUUCUUCUACUGAACAGCCAGAGGCCUUUAUUGUGAAAAGUGUUCAUUAAAAAGUAAUAAAGUCCACAUCUCUGUCUCUCCCCCACACACACACACACACACACACACACACACACACACACACACACACACACACACACACACACACACACACACACAGCCUUCAUGAUGAUUAGCCAGGAGAGAACAUCCCAGCCUGCCCUCUGAUAUUAGCGCCCCCUUUUGUUUAACCAGUGUAACUGCGAUCACUGACGAGCGAAUCAGCUGUUUGAAACUUUGUGUAGCAUUUAUGUGUGCGUUGUUGGCCAAUAAUACUAACAAUAAUAAUAAUAAAAUAUUGAUUUGACCUAAAUGCCAAAACUGACCUCGGUACUGAUGAUAUUUGACGUGUUAAUAAAACGAGUGUGUGAAGUGAGGCAGCAUUGCCCCGCCCUCACAGAGCUCAGGUGUUUGAGGUGUUUUACAGGUAAAAUUAAAAUUCUUUUCUGGGUAUUACAGGAAUAUAAAGAAUGUGAGGUCAGCACGCAGGUGCAGAAUGGAAGACAGGGCGGGGCUUCAGACUGAGCAGAUACUCACACAGCACCGUUACCGGACCCAGGGGGGGCGUGGGCAGGUGUCAAGCGGCGGUAUGCAGUGUACAGUAGUCGGCAUUAGUGUGUCGUGGUCGUGCGCCCUCGGCUUCAGCAGUCACGUGGGAGGGGGGCCUUUAGUAUUGUAGUGUUUCUGUAUUAUAUCUCUGUCUGAACAUUGUUAGGUUUGAUAGCUUUUAUCACUGGGGGGGAAAAGUUGAUCCAAGUUUUUAUUCUCGCUCUUUGUUAUGUUUGGUUUCCCUUCACGAAGGCGAAGACAGACGCCAUCCAUCCUCUCUGUAACCUUCUGCUCUUUCUGUCUCCUCGUGAUGUGAACGGCUUUUUGUGAUCAAGUUCAUGGCAGGAAAUUAAAAUUGUUACAACCUGAAAA